AUGAUCAAUUCAAUAUAUUUAGCUAUUGUUUUGGUUUCAUUUUGUGGAGUUAUAACAUGUUCAAAUGUAGUUGACUAUAAAGGAUGGACUUUGUAUUGGAGUGAUGAGUUCAACGGUACCACUCUAAAUAGCUAUUGGAGAGCACAGAAUUUCGCACCUUCCGAUGGUGACAACGACAACGGUGAACUAGAAUUCUAUUUGCCAAGAAACUGUUUGUUUGAGAAUGGUAAUCUCGUUAUGAAAUCAGCGAGAGAACCCUAUCAAGGUUACAACUACACAUCAUGUUCGAUUAUUUCAAAGGUUGGCGAGACCUAUGGUCGUUUUGAAGCGAGAAUGAAACUGCCAAUUGGAAAAGGAUUUUGGCCGGCUUUUUGGAUGCUCCCAGAGAGUUAUACUUGUAAAACCUAUAAGGAAAUCGAUAUCAUGGAGAAUAUUGGUGAGGCAGGUGACGAUGAAGAUCCAAAUAUCUUUGCAACCUAUCAUUCUGGAACAUCGUGUGAUCCUCAGAACCAUUCGAACAACGGUACUUGGAUUCCAUCUUUUGCCUCUGAUUUCCACUUGUACUCUGUUAUUUGGGAUGUAGAUUAUUUAGUAUUUAUGGUUGAUAAUAUUCCUUAUUUAACAGUGAACAAAACAAAUUCACCAAAUCAAAUAUUUCCAAAUGAUACACCAUUUAUUAUAAUACUUAAUGUUGCUGUUGGUGGAAAAUGGCCUGGAACACCAGACAAUACAACUGUCUUUGAGAAUAACUAUGGUUUAGUUGAUUUUGUUAGAAUUUAUAAAAGAACGAAUGAAACAUCUACAACAACAACAUCAGCAACUACAUCUACAACAACUACAUCGUCUACAACAACAACAACUGAUAGUAUUACAACUGAUGGUGUUACUUCAUCUACAUCCACUUCAGAACCCAACAAUAGUUUAUCAAAAUUAUUCUUUAUUAAUAAUACAUUGAAUAUAUUAAUAGUAUUAAUAUUCCUAAUCUUUUCUUAUUAUCUAUAA